GCAAAGUACUGGAACAGGCCUGAAUUUAGUCUAUGUUCAAAAACGCGGGUGCCACCCUGCUAAUCACUGUUCGGACACCUUUCGACGAGAGGAUUUUGACAUAAUCGGCCAAUAUCUUUUACAACACAAUAGCUUUACUGAUCUUUACUUUUUGCAACGGAAAAGAAAAGAUGUUAUAGGCGGCGUGGCGUGAUGGGCUUAUUUGGGUAGAUUCUGAUUUUUCUUCUUUUUUUUUCUGGGAGUAGGCGAUAUGUGUAUAAUUCAAUUUAAAUACAUAACUCUAAAAGAAAUCAUAGAUCAAGAAAAAAGAGAGAGAGAAAUUUAGGAAAAAAGAAAAAAAACCCUCGGCCUAUCGAUGAAAGAGCUAGGUUUGGAUCUGGAGGAAGAAGUUCUUCUUCGACUGCCGCUGAAAUCCAUCCUCAAAUUCAAAAGCGUCUCAAAGCAGUGGAGAUCAUUACUUGAGUCGAGGAGCUUCUCGGAGAGGAGGAGGCAUAUCACUAUCCAAAAAAAUCAAAAGAAGAUGCAAUUCGUGGCCGCUUUGCUCUUAAAUUAUCCAAAGUUGGUAGUGGACGACGACGAAGAGGUCGAGAUGAUCUAUCUAGACUGUAAUUUCCCCAAAUCACUAUCGUCGAAGGAGCGCGAAGGGCUCUAUAUGUACAGUGAUUUCUCCAGACGACCGUCGCUGUCCUGUGACGGUCUGGUUUGCAUGCCCGUGCCAGGCUGGAUCAACGUUUUGAAUCCUUCCACCGGAGAGUUCCUUAGAUUCCCUUCCGGCAGAGAUCCAAAGAUGACCGACGUCCUCGUAGAUGGAUCCAGAAGGGGUUUUGAAGUGUUUCCUGGAUACUGGAGGAUGGGAUUCGGUAGGGACAUAGUUAAUGGGAACUAUAAGGUAGUGAGGAUGUGCUUCCAGCGUAACUAUAGUUACUGCGAGAUUCUUGAAAUAAACAUUGGGGUAUGGAGGAAACUGAAGCGUAAGCCUCUUUUCUAUGUGGGAGAGAGACUGAAGUCGGCGUUUGUGAAUGGAUCCAUCUACUGGUUAGAAGUAGAUAGUUAUUACCAGACUCAGAAGAUACUUGCUUUGGAUCUACACACAGAAGAGUUUCGUAGCGUAAAGACACCACCUAGAUUCUGCAAGUCAGGGCAGAUAGCUAACCUUGAAGACCGUCUAGUCAUAGCCGUAGCGCAUACUGGGAAUCCUGACUUUAAGUUUGGCAUAUGGAGCAUGGAUGCACAAGAAGAAACAUGGAGCAUCACUUACUCAUUUCCUCUAUCCUCUUCCACCUGUAGCAGUUACGUAUCUAGAUGUAGUGCCUGGUGGCAUUGGUGCAUGCCACUGGCGGUUUCCAAGCGAGGUAAUCUCUACUUUUACGAUAAUGAGAAGAAGUUGCAUAAAUAUUGUUCGGAUACCGGCUUAGUCUGUGGCAUAGGUACUUAUAGUGGCAUCCGUAUUGUUGCUCCUUUUGUCGAAAAUUUACUCCCAAUUCGAGGUUCAGUUUCUUCUGGACAGGAAAUUAGGACAUUUGGAUUUCGGAAUCUAGACAAGCCCGAAACUUCCAAUUGUUUUAGGCAAAUCAAAUUGUCAGUCUCGGAUGUUUUGCGAGAGGAAUGGCUUGGUAUCACCACAACUAUUGUGGCUGUUGUGGCCCUCGUAGUCCUUCUCAAGUAAUGUUUGUACUCUUUUUUUUGUAAAACUAUUUCUAUUGACAUUUAGAGGCUUGCAUGAUUGCAUCUAUGUUUAAAACAAUGAUUUAAAUUUUAUUAUUUAUUUGAUUAUUGUGUAGUUGUAGGUAAUAGCCUUGAUUGCUUACAUCUCAACUUAAUGCGUGUUUCUUUCAAAGUAAUUCGACUUAAAACCCAAACGGAUCAUUUUUUGAGUACUUAUUUAAUCCUAAAAGAUGCGUCCAUUGCAAAGUAAUUUCGCAAAGUGAAAUGGUAUACAACUAGAGUUGGUUUUAGGAAGCAGUUGUUCCGAGAAGCUGUUCUGGGUCGGAUAGUAGUAGUGUCUUAUACCGAUGCCUAAAGCAUACAAAUAGUGUAAGUUUGGAGAAAGCUCUCGGUGUCCAAUGUACAGCUAUAAUCCUCGAGAGACACCAUCCCCUUGCGAAGAAAGCUUACCAGCCUUCGUUGUUGAGAUGAACAACCAAUAAAAGAGCUCCUUUGUACGCUUGAUGGCAGCAUAUGUACCCCCUCCAUUAUCCAUGAUAAACAGUUCCAAAGAGGUACUAGAACCUAAUUCCUUGAGUUCUUUUUCCUAGUCGUCAAUUUUAAUCAAUUUUAAUGGCCUGAUACAAUUUGUUUCAUCUUUACUCCAGUAUGCUAUUUUUACAAAAUUCAUUCAACAAAUACCAAAUAAAAACAAAAACCGAGAACAUCUAAAAAAGGAUAUUGAACUGAAAGUCAUAACUUGGUUAUCAGAACAUAAUAUAAUCCUUCUGGUACAGUGAUAGAACAAUAAUUUGUUUUACGGAAGUCAUCUCUUAGAAUCCCCGGAACACUAAGGGCAGCCCCAUCGCUAAAAACCUGCCAAAGGUUCUAAAAAAAUAAAAGAAUUAAUAUUUUAAUAAAAAAUUUAAAUUUAAAUUUUCUGUAAAUACAAAAUCCAACAAACAGACGACAGUUGUAGAACUUAGUAUCUAAACACCUCUCUGCACCUCUCUGCAGACAACUCCUCUUUCUUCUCUCACCUGCUUUUAAUUUUUUACCGAUUUUUUUUAAUAAGACAUAUUCUCCUUAGAGCAUCCAUUGGUGGGACCAUAAAUAAUGAUAAAUCUGUAUAUAUUUUGCUUUUCCAUUGGUGAACCUAAAGAUACGGUUUAUAGAAAUAAAAUAAAAUAUUUUUUUUUAAGUUUUUAUUCAAUACAAUUAAAAUUCAUGAACAUACAAAGUUUUAUAUAUUUUUUUGAGCAAAUAACAUAUUCAGAGUUAAAACAUACAAAAUUUUUUUUUUGUUUUUUUGAGAAAAUAACAUAUUCAGAGUUAAAACAUACAAACAUACAAUUAAAAUAUUUUUUUUAGAACAAAUUAAAACAUACAAAGAUUUUUUUUUCUUUUCAGAACAAAUAAACAUGGAAAGAUUUUUUUUAAUUUUUUUUGAACAUAUAACAUACAAAGGUUUUUUUUUUUUGAAUAAAUAACAUACAAAGAUUAUUCAUCAUGAUUACCAUGUUUUUUCCAUACAUUUUCAACUAAAUCAGCUUUCAAACGACCAUGUAUCUGUGGAUCACGAAUUUGAUUCUGAAUCCCAAGCAUAUUAGGGAUAUUCACACUUUCUCUCCUUUUCACCUUCGAACUUCUGCUUGACUCUCCUGCUUCGAAGUCAGAUGUAUCAUACUGAGUGUAUCCGUCGCGUUCGUUCUCUACUACCAUAUUGUGCAGUAUGACACAAGUUCUCAUAAUCCUUCCUAUCCCGUUCUCUUUCGAUAUAAGCUCGUCUCUUCGGUUUGUUGGCUUGACCAUCAAUUAUUGAGUUGAAGGUAUGAUCAAAUUGUUGGUCGAGCAUUUCUUCUAAAGCUUCGUUUAACAUUUCAACUACGGCAUCAGACGAUGAGGAAGACAUUUUUGAGUUGGCUUGACCAUCAAUUAUUGAGUUGAAGGUAUGAUCAAAUUGUUGGUCGAACAUUUCUUCUAAAGCUUCGUUUAACAUUUCAUCUACGGCAUCAGACGAUGAGGAAGACAUUUUUUUUUUUCAGAAGAGAAAUGAAUGUUGUUCACGAAAAAAAAAUUAUAUAUAUAGAGACACAAUUUGGAAAUUUGGUUACGUGUUUUGGAAAUUUGGUUAAGUGUAAAAGGUAAAGUGUUUGGAAAUUUGGUUGUGUUUUGGAAAGAAAGGUAGAGAUAGAACAAGUUUGUAGACUCAAGAGAGACAAUUUGAAGAGGUAGAGAGACAAUUUGAAGAAGUAGAGAGACAAUUUUUAAGAGAAGAAGUUGAGUUUGUUGCACAUUUGAGCAAUAAAAGAAAUACAUAGUUUAUAUAGAGCAUCCCAUUACAUAACCAUGAAUGAAAAAAAAACAAAGUGUAGAAACAAACAAAAUUCUACACUUUGCCCGUGAAACAAAGAUACAGAAACAUAAGUUCAGAACAAUACAAGAGGACAUAGCAACCCGUGACCAAGUACACAAGUAGACAGAAACAUAAAGACAGUAGUUAGGUAGAACCUGUGACCUGCAGAACCAACUAGUAGACAAGUACAACCCGUGACCUGCAAAACAAAACAGAUCAAAGCAUUUCAUGUUAGUAAAAAAGUGUAGAAACAAACAUAAGUAAACCAGUAAACAAGUAAACAAGUACUCAAGUAAACAAGUAAAGAAUCAACUAAACAAGUUAACAAGCAAAAGAAGCAAGAAAACAAGUUAACAAGCAACUAAACAUUGUCUCGCACAAGUUAAACAAGUUGUAAAUUCAAAAAAAUAAAGCCACUGACCAGAUCAAAGCAUUUGAGAAACUAGUUUGUUUUUCAGUGACACUUCUAUAUCAUAUAAAGUAUCUUUUUUGGCAAGGAGACGAUCAAGGAGUUUCUUCUGUUUGGAUAUGUUCUCUUUCACAACUAGCAAGCUCUGUAAUUGAUCAUAAACUACUUCUUUCCCAUGCUUAUUGCAUUUCGCUGCUUUGCAAGCCUUAACACCAGGAGGCCUAACCUCUUCCAAGUCAGGCACCAUCUCCGCAGGUUCCUUCCUUUUGUCCUUUGCACCAUCUUUGCAAGCCAAUUUGAUCUCCAUUUUUGAUCAAACCUAAGUUCCCUCCACGCAUGUUCAAGGGUGAACUUGGCCUGGUUGUCAUUGAAGAAGAUGUCAUGGGCAGUCUUCAUGACAUCAUUAUCAUUUUCUCCACUAGCUUGCGCCUUCAAAGCGGCCUCAUAGCUUCCGACAAACUUGCACACCUGCUCAUUCACUCUUCCCCACUUCUGCUUACAGUGACUUGCCUCUCUCGGAGGGAAGCCACUGAGCUGAGGGCUUGAGUUGAAAUACUCUUCUAUUCUCUUCCAAAACGCAACUGCCUUCUGCUGAUUACUCACUAUGGGAUCCUUGCUGGUGUUCAACCAAGCACUGAUGAGCACAAUGUCUUCUUUUUGUGUCCACUUUCUCCUUUUCACUGGUUUGGGAGAUUCAGAGCUCUGGCUACUAAACCUAGGAACCUCAGAAGACUCUACCUCUAUUGUUUGACAGCUCUGGGAAGUUAAUAGGUUAACAAACCCGAGAGAGUUUAGGGAAAAAUGAUCCAUUUUGGUUUUGGUUGGUGUUUUUAAGUUGGUUUGUGUUUUCAGAAGUGGAUUUCCUAUGUUUUUAAACUAGUUUUUGCGUUGAUAGGAGAGAAAAAUUAAACAUACUCUAAUUUAUACAAGUAUGCCAAUUCAGACUUACCUCGUAGUUUUUGCAGGUGAAGAAGCGCUUCCCAGGAAGAGUGUCAUAGUCCUCCUUUCCCCGAACCUCGUCAAUGAUUCUCUCACCACACAGACACCUUGUCGGAAUCCCGUAUUGUGAAUCGGCCACAUAUCCUAGCAUGUUGAUGUACUCCUUAUGCCUUUUUCUCUCUGUUCUCUCUUCUGCGGGAUCCAUCUGUACCAGAAAUCGACAUGGUUAGAACAUAAAGACGAAACAAAUAACAUGCAACGAACCCUAAAUCGAACCCGCAUGACGAAUUACAACCGAAAAUCGAAACCCCCAAAUCGAUUUAGAACCCUACUUCGAAACCCCCAAAUCGAUUUCGAAUCGAAUCCCCGAGACCGUGAAUCUACUCGAUUUCGAAUCCCCUAAACCGUGAAUCUACUCGAUACUGACCUGAGCUCGUGGAUGAGACAGUCCGUCGUCGAUUAGAUGGAGAAAAUCUCCGGCAGUCGGCAUCGUUAGAGAAAUCGCCUCUCUCUGUGAGAAACCCUAACUUUUUCGGAGAGGAGAGAAAAUGAAGUGAAACACGCUCAACCCGUGUUUCUUCCUCGUCUAUCUGAAAUGGCGUGGCUAAUGGGUGAUUGACACAUGGCUUGAACCCCUAUCAUACGGGUUCAGAGCUGGUUCAACGAAAUUAACCCAUUUUCUCUUUUUUUCUUCGUUUCGGGCCUAAAAACCCGAGUCCAUGAACCCCUUUACAACCGCUAAUGCGGAUGCUCUUAGAACUCCUCGUUGGACUUGCUCUAAGGCCCUUUGAUGUGAGUUCAGCAAUGGCGGUGGCUCAAAAGUUAAACAUACUAUCUGCUUAAAAAUAAGGUAAAAUAAACAUGCAAGAGCUGACAAUUGCAUUUUAUCUGCAGAGACCUGACGCCACUGUCCGCAGCCUCAAAGUCAAAUACAUGUGUGUGUGUUUCUUUUUUAAAUGCCAGUUGUGAAUCCCUGUUAGCUCUGAAUCAAUUUUUUUAAUGGCUUUUUGGACUUGGAUAGGACAAGACUGUAAAACGCAUAACCGGUCAUCAUGAUGGGUUGUACAAACUCAUACCAGGAUUCAAAGUCACAACCUCUUUGGGUCUAACAAAAUAAAAAAAAUUCUUACAAAAUCGGAAAGCUGGAGAACUAAUUACAAACUAGAUAGUCCUCCGGUCGGAUUCGGACCGGAUCUUGUCGGGUUCGGGUUUUAGAUAUUCAGAUCCAAUAGGAUAAUUAGAAUUUGUCAAUUCGAGUUCGGUUCGGGUCAUGUCGGGUCUCCAAUUGGUUCGGAUCUUAGAUAGUUGGCUCCAAUAGGAUAAUUAGAAUGUUUUGGUUCGGAUUUGGUUCAAAUCUAGGUCGGGUUCGGUUCAGGUCCAGUCCAAAAAAUAUCUAAAAACACCAAAAAUACUUGAAAAUAUUUAAAUACCCAUAAAAUAUCCGAAAAUUUACCCAAAAUCUGAACGGAAACUCAAAACCAUACCCGAAAAAUGUCCAAAAUUUUAUUAGAUUAUCGGAAUUAUAUUUUUGAAAUUCUUAAAGUUUACCCGAAACCCAAACCAUACCCAAAUCCGAAACUUAAAAGAAAAUACUUGUGAUACCGAAAAUAUACUGAAACACUCAUAUAUCCCUAAUAAUAUAUACAAAAAGUUUCGGGAAUUCUAGAUACUCAUCGGAUUUCUGGUUCAGGUCGGGUUGGAUCCAAGAUCUAUGGGUCCUCCACAACAAGACUCAAUAGGGUAAAAAUAUCGGUUUGGUUCCUAUCGAGAACAUAGAUUUUUCCUGAAUUUAGUCUAUGUUCGAAAACGGUGCCUAUGCUAAUCACUGUUCGGACACCUUCCGACAGAGAGGAUUUUGACAUAAUCGGCCAAUAUCUUUACAACACAAUAGCUUUACUUUUUGCAACGGAAAAAAAAAGAUGUUAUAGGCGGCGUGGCCUGAUGGGCUUAUUUGGGUAGAUUCUGAUUUUUCUUCUUUUUUUUUUCUGGGAGUAGGCGACAUGUGUAUAAUUCAAUUUAAAUACAUAACUCUAAAAUAAACCAUAGAUCAAGAAAAGAGAGAGAGGAAAAAAGAAAAAAAAAAAAAAAACCCUCGGCCUAUCGAUGAAAGAGCUAGGUUUGGAUCUGGAGGAAGAAGUUCUUCUUCGACUGCCGCUGAAAUCCAUCCUCAAAUUCAAAAGCGUCUCAAAACAGUGGAGAUCAUUACUUGAGUCGAGGAGCUUCUCGGAGAGGAGGCGUUUCACUAUCCAAAAAAAUCAAAAGAAGAUGCAAUUCGUGUCCGCUGGCGCUUUGCUCUUAAACUAUCCAAAAGGUUCCUUAGUGGACGACGACGAAGAGGUCGAGAUGAUCUAUCUAAACUGUGAUUUCCCCAACGUGCUAACGCCGAAGGAGGUUGAAGGGCCCUAUAUCGACAGUGAUUUUUCCAGACGACCGUCGCUGUCCUGUAACGGUCUGGUUUGCAUGCCCGUGCCAGGCUGGAUCAUGAAUCCUUCCACCGGAGAGUUCCUCAGAUUCCCUUCCGGCAGAGAUCCAAAGAUGACCGACAUCAUCGGCGAUGUAUCCAGAAGUUUGAAGUGUUUCCUGGAUACUGGAGGAUGGGAUUCGGUAGGGACAUAGUUAAUGGGAACUAUAAGGUAGUGAGGAUGUGCUUCCAGCGUAACUAUAGUUACUGCGAGAUUCUUGAAAUAAACAUUGGGGUAUGGAGGAAACUGAAGCGUAAGCCUCUUUUCUAUGUGGGAGAGAGACUGAAGUCGGCGUUUGUGAAUGGAUCCAUCUACUGGUUAGUAGUAGAUAGUUAUUACCAGACUCAGAAGAUACUUGCUUUGGAUCUACACACAGAAGAGUUUCGUAGCGUAAAGACACCACCUAGAUUCUGCAAGUCAGGGCAGAUAGCUAACCUUGAAGACCGUCUAGUCAUAGCCGUAGCGCAUACUGGGAAUCCUGACUUUAAGUUUGGCAUAUGGAGCAUGGAUGCACAAGAAGAAACAUGGAGCAUAACUUACUCUUUUCCUCUAUCCUCUUCCACCCGUAGCAGUUACGUAUCUAGAUGUAGUGACUGGUGGCAUUGGUGCAUGCCACUGGCGGUUUCCAAGCGAGGGAAUAUCUACUUUUACGAUAAUGAGAAGAAGUUGCAUAAAUACUGUUCGGAUACAGGCUUAGUCCGUGGCGUAACUUUUGGCUGCAUUGUAGCUCCUUUUGUCGAAAAUUUACUCCGAUUCGAGGUUCAGCUUCUUCUGGACAGGAGAUUAGGACAUUUGGAUUUCGGAAUCUAGACAAGCCCGACACUUCCAGUUUUAGACAAAUCAAAUUGUCAGUCUCGGAUGUUUUGCGAGAGGAAUGGCCUAGUAUCAGCAUAACUGUUGUGGCUGUUGUGGCCCUUUUAGUCUUUCUCAAGUGAUUUGUAGUUCUUUUUUGUAAAACUGUUUCUAUUGACAUUUAGAGGCUUGCAUCUAGGGAUGUUAUGUAGGGUUUUUAAUGCUAAAAGCGUCCAUUGCAAUGUUAAGACUUUUGCCUAAA